GGCGGGAAAAACACUGAACGCAUCGUGUGUCUGUUUUCCAUAGAAAAGUGUCGUUUCCACUGAAAAUAGUUAAUCAGACUUACUGGAUAAUGUAUCAACCGCCAAUCAACAGCUUCUUCAACACGAGGAAGAGGUGUGCAAGCGAUUAUUUGUGUGCUCCCACGAGCAAGAAACUCUUGCUUGGUUCUGAUGGUGACGCUCUCAAACUCGCUGCAGUCCAGAAUGAAGCAAAAGUGCAAAAAGUCUGUGAGACUGUUGAAAAACUCGAAAAUGCAGGGAAAACCAAAUCUAACCUCACUGAGAAACGUCAAGUGGCUGUGGCUUCCCGGAAAAAGAGGCUUCUCCCGGUGCAGAAAACUGCAGCGGCCAAAGAGGAAACUUUUCCAUGCAAUAAUAGUCAGGAGAAUGCAGAGUCUCCGAAGAAAGCCGCCCUGGAAUUGUCAAUGAAGGAGAUCCAGGAGAAGAUUAAGAAGAGUCGCAAGCUUCCGGCACUCAAGGCGCAAUUGCAGAAACUACAGGAGCUGGAGAAGAAACGCCAGGAGCUCAUGAAACAGAACAAGACUCCAACUAAAGUGGAGCGCGAAGAAGAGGGUCAAUCGCUUAAGAAAUUCGAUAAACUAGACUUGGAAGUUAUUAGUCCCACGAAGGUCUUCAAAUCCCCCAUGAAGAUGAAGACACCGACGCCCAAGAAGUCCGGAAGCAAGCCGGACAGCGCAUUGAUGAGUCCUCGGAAGGAUUCUCGAGUCCGGAAGACACUCUUCAGUCCACUGAAGGCAGAACCGGAGUCGAUUGAAGGCUCUUCGGAAGUUCCAGCCUAUGAGAAGCACGCCUCUUUGAUCGAGAGCGGUCGGCCAGGAAUUCAGUUGCCGUCCAAAUAUCGCCAACUCCUAGAGAUCUUCAAGAACUGCGAUGCUGUGUGUGCAAUGUUCCACAAUCGUAGGGAAACCAUUACGUUCAAGAAACUGAAGCCGGCAGUGCAACGAAUGUGCAGGAAAACCUUCACUGUGACUCAUUUGGGGCAGAUAAAGCUGAUCUUUCCUGAAGCAUACAGCUUCCAUCAGUCCAAGACGCGCAACUACGGCUCCACGUCGAAGCAGGACUACUAUCAGCUCAUCAUUGAACCUGCGAAGGAGCAUUUAAGCCCGCAAAUCCUGACUGAGAGACAGAAGUUCUUCCAGGAAGUACUUGAGAACAGAGUGAGGCGAGAACAUGAUGUCUUUCUGAAGUCAUUGAAGCCUCCAAUGGUGAUUCCCAUGCAGAAAAUUACUCGAUGGCAUCCGGAAUUUGAUCUGGAAGGUUGUUCAGUCAUCCCAGAAGCGGAUCUUCCUCGACCACCGAAUGAAGAUAAGUUUUCCUCAGCCAAAGAUGUUUUGUCAGCAGCCAAGAACCUCUUCAACUGUUCAACGCCUCUCGAGAGAACCACAGAAUUGCUGGAGUCGCAGCAAGCAACACUUGAGGAAACCACAAGGCCAGAAGCCGUAGUUUCUGACUUGUUGAAGCGCGUCCCAGCAAAAUUACUGGAGAAGAUCCGCGCGAAACAGGCCGCAAAGGCACUGGAUGCAAUGACGAGGCGUCCGAGUCAGGAUCAAGAGGCUCUUACAUACAGUCGUCUGCCAGAUUUAGCCAAACACAUUCGCAACAUCUUCCUGACGGAGAAGAAAGCCUGCCUGGCGCUGGAUCUGGUGCUGAGGAAGAUCGCCAACAGCUUUCGGCAAAAUCUUUCCGCGUGCGCCAUCGAGAGCCUGAUCGAAGUGCUGCAGAAGGAGGUGAACGAGUGGCUCUCAGUGGAGGAGAUCCGGAAGGUGAAGUAUGUGAAGCUGACGAGGGGCGUCGACUUCUGGCAGAUCUCGCGGAAACUGGAGCGUCUGGCAAGAGAGAAGAGUGUCUGAGAGCGACCCGCAAAGGCAAUGUCCUGUGGCGGAGAAGCCAAGCAUAGAAAUCCCCAAUUAUCACACGUUUAGUCGAGUUAAUGCCGCGCUCAGAGCGGAACGCGUUGGCUGAAUAAAUGGCAAUUCUGCUGACGAGAGUGUCUCAGUGUCGCCGCAGAAUGCAGCGAGUCUUGUGGAUUGUAGCGUGUUUUUCCGGCUUCGCCUGCAAAAUGCAGGACUUCGCCGUAAACGUGGAGGACAUCCUGAGUGAUAGUCUAAUGCCCGCGGCGCUUUUUGUUGGCCAAAACGUGCAGGUGAAGGUUGAACCUUUAUUUAAUUAAUUAAUUGAGUGUGAAAAUUGUAAAUUUGCUACAUUCACUCAUCUCUUCUCACCAGAAUUGCUAUUUGAAAAACUCAUUUUCUUAUCAGAUUUUGAUUACUUUAUGAGCAGUUAAUAGUUUUCCAUCAAUAAAUCAUAUCAUAAUUUUCAAAGAAUA